AACCGUUGACUUCCGUGUGUUAUCAAUUGCAAUUCCAGUUGGUGUGCGACCGUGACUCCGUAAUCCGCGAGUCUCGGGACGAUCUAACGAGGUUCAGGCGCCUCCAGAAGGUCCCCCAGCUGUCGAAGCCGAUUAUUGUGGUCCCCUCGGGUUUGAUUGAAUUUUUCCAAAGGCGUUGCCUUCUAAAAAAUUAAUUACCAUCGAAAAACUGGGCCAGCCACCUUCACUCCAACACUGGACAGCUCGUUGUCAUCCAGUUUCGUCACGAAAGUACAUUAGACAUUCGAUUAAACACGGAAAAGUGUUCUAUAUGUCAAUGUCGAGUCCUGGGCUGAAGUGAAAGUUUCCCCGUUCCUAGUCGAUCUCUUCGGCAUUGGGCAACCGAAGGCUUGUGAAUGUUUUAGACGUUUUCGUGCAUAUUGCCGCAGGAGUCGGAUAAUGUCAGAGCAAAUAUGUAGAGUCGAGGUACCUGAUAACGCGUGUGAUUAAGAGUUUAAUGGGAUUUGCAGUCGAAUCGCUGAUUUUUUUAGAAGAAUUCUGAUAGCGAAAGAGAUUUCGAGAUUUCGUUUGAGAGUCAAAUAUGGACGGAAAGGAGAUGAAUCUCGAGGUGAAGAAGGAGCCAUCCUAUGGCAGUGUAAGAAAAGAAGAUCCGAUGGAAGACGCGACGGAUGAAGACGUUGGCUGGAGAUUCUGGCAAAAACGCCGUUACGUCGUCGGUUUCCUGGCCUUCUUAGGAUUUUUCGUAUCCUACAUCCUUCGCGUGAACCUGAGUGUUGCGAUUGUCGCAAUGACAUCGAAAUCCGACAAGCACGCACCAGAGUUCGACUGGGAUUCGAAGCUCCAGGGACUUGUCCUGAGUUCGUUCUUCUACGGUUACAUAAGCACGCAAUUUCUGGGAGGAUGGCUCAGUGCAAAGAUGGGAGGUAAAAAAAUUUUUGGCCUUGGAAUAGCGUCCACAGCCCUUCUGACCCUCAUCACCCCACCGUUGACAAGAACCAGCGUUUAUGUCUUAGUCGCACUGAGGGUCGUCGAGGGAGUCUUCGAGGGUGUGACAUACCCGUGCAUCCAUGCCAUAUGGGCGAACUGGGCCCCUCCACUGGAAAGGUCAAAGCUGGCGACCCUCGCCUUUUCAGGUAGCUUCGUGGGAACGGUGUUUGCGAUGCCGGCAUCCGGGGUGAUGGCCGAGUACUGGGGCUGGCCCUCGGUCUUCUACGUUUUCGGAGUAAUGGGACUCGUCUGGUUCGUCUUCUGGUGGGCCCUCGUCACCGACAAGCCCGAGGAUGAUCCCAGGAUUACCAGGGGGGAACUGGAAUACAUCAAGAGGUCACUGGGGCACACCGACAGGGGGCAAGUGAAGCACCCAUGGGGAGAAAUCCUAAAAUCACCACCAGUUUGGGCCAUAGUAUCGGCGCAUUUCAGUGAAAAUUGGGGAUUCUACACGAUGUUGACGCAAUUACCCACCUUCAUGAGUGAUGUUCUGAAUUUCAAGUUGGAGAAGACGGGUUUCCUGUCGGCAGUUCCGUAUCUCGUCAUGGCAAUUGUCUUACAGUUCUCGGGGCAAUUGGCUGAUUACCUGAGGUCUAGUAAAGUCUUAUCAACGACACAGGUACGGAAAAUUUUCAACUGCGGUGCCUUCCUCUCCCAAACAAUCUUCAUGAUCACUUCAGCCUUCGUAUCAUCAGCAACAGCUGCAGUAGUAUGCAUAACGAUUGCUGUGGGUCUCGGUGGUUUCGCUUGGUCCGGAUUCAGCGUUAAUCACCUGGACAUCGCCCCUCAACACGCCAGUGUUCUCAUGGGAAUCGGUAACACCAUUGCAACGCUUCCUGGAAUCGUUAGCCCUAUAAUUACGGGGUACAUUGUUAAAGAUAAGACUCCUGAGGAAUGGAGAAUGGUCUUCAUCAUCGCUGGGAGUGUUUACCUGAUAGGCGCCGUGAUCUAUGGGCUGUUCGCUUCGGGAGAGAGACAGAAGUGGGCUGAGGAGCCGAAGAAAAAGGAUUUACCAUUGUAUAUUAAUGAGGGAUUGGAAGUGGACGAUAUUGCGAAAUAAAUGUUAUAAUUAGCUGGA